UUUUAUUUCUUAUACUUUACACAGAUAAUGCAAGAUUUAUUAGUUGGAGACUCCUAUAUAAUCAUUGGGAUUGUCGGAUUGCAGGAAUAUCCAGAAUUAAUUAAGAUAAAAUUUAGUAUUUAUACUACAGCAUUUUACGUCAACAUUCAGAUAUAAUUCCAACUCCAAAGUUAACGAACAUAAAAUUUAAUUGCGAAAAAUGUAUCUACACGCGUUUCUAUUACUGUGCGGGAUAUAUCUUAGUUCUGCUGCCACCAUUACUCAAGAAGGGUCAAAUGUAUCGGAGACAUUUUUCAAAGAGUCGGGGGUGCGAUGCCUCGUGAUGCCGUCUCUACCGCUAAAUUCCCGCAGAAAAUGUAAUAAAGAGUCUUGUACGGUUACUUGCAUGGAUGGAUACAAAUUCCCUGAUGGUCGUACAGUGGCAGCCACGCAAUGCGUGGCAGGCGAGUGGCAACAGACUAUACCAAACUGUAUACCAGAUUGCAAUCUUCCCUGUCUUAAUGGUGGCGUUUGCGGGUCGCCUAAUACUUGCUUUUGCCCCACAGCGUACAAAGGACCUCAAUGUCAAUACUCAAACUGUGAUCAUGCUUGUCUGAACGGUGGUACUUGCGUGGCGAAGAAUUUCUGUCAAUGUCUCAACAACUUCCACGGGAAUUAUUGCGAAUUCAAAAAUCAGUGCUACAGGACGCCUAAUCUACCAUUGAACGCUCGGAGGUUAUGCAGUACACUGUCCUGCGUCGUGACGUGUAACGAAGGUUACAAGUUCCCCGAUGGCUCCACAAACACGGCAGCUUACUGUGUGGAUAGCGAGUGGGAACCUGCCUCCUUGCCAGACUGCAUGUAGAAUUAAUUAUUUUUGAUACAUUUAUUAUAUACUCAUUGUUGCCCGUGAUUUCGUCAUCGUGGAAUUUAAAAAAAAACAAUUAUGUAGCCUAUGUUACUCACGGAUAAAUUAUCUUUCUAACGGUGAAAGAAUUUG